UCCCCCGGGACCCAAAAUUGAUUAAUCCCUUCAACCCAACUUCCUGUCGACUGUCUCGCAGUUUGUAUCUUCGUUCAAUAAUUGUCUCCCCAAUUCCCGCUCGAUAUUCUCUUCGGACUGUGUGCCAACAUAUUGAAACACCUCUCAGCAGCUCUGACGCCCGGCAGCGGAUGGUUAUUGUGAAAGGAUGGCGUUUACUAGAGGCUUGCACCUUGGACGAGAACUGCACGCGAAGCUAUAUCACGACACACAGUUGCAAUGCAGCACGGCCCUUGAGAGUAUCGAUCAUGUCGCCAGAGGUCUCCUUGAGGACGCCUUUUGGGCACAAGCGGACAUCUAUCCGCCGCUCUUUCGCAAAACCCAGAUCUCCCCAGCCCAUGAGGACUACUCGUUGACCCUGCAUCUUGCUACCUUGGCUCUUGGGAUGCGCCAUGCAGACCGUCGCCGGACCGAGCUGGCCCCUUUCUGGACGGGAACUCGCGAGUCAUCCUUACACUGCCUUCUGCGGACGGUCAUCGACACUCAAAUAUCAGUCGCGGACACUGUCGAUGUGCUACAAGCCGUUGUCAUAUUAUCCAACCUAGAAUACUCCUGUGGCAGGUAUCUCUCAGCGACAACCUAUCUUCAUUACGCAUUUGCACGCAUUUCGAACCCAACCAAUGAUAUGGUCUCGGUCGAGCUGUGCCAGUCGGACGACGAUCUACUCCUUCGACGAGCUUUGAUCAGAGUGUGCAGAUUUCUGCACAUGCAGUGGAUGAGCUUUCACCCAACCAACCUUCCUGGACUGCACUUGCCGCCAACGGCCAUAGCGCAGGCGUUGCGGAAUUCCGAAACGGGCCAUGCUUGGGUGAAAUACGACGGCGACAAUGACAACUUUUCAAUCUACCACGCCUUGCUCGAAUUGCUGUCGAUUAUACCAUCGACGACACAGAUGUCGACGCUCUCAACUGAUACCUCCUGCAAAAAUGUCUAUGCUCAGCUAUGCAAGGUAGAGACUACACUGAUCCACUUCCGCCGAACGAUACCAGCACGAUUUCAGUGGAACGGGGACACUUGGCGAACUGCAUCCGUGCCAAUGUUUCUCCUGCACCUACAGCUGUGCGUGGCUUCGGUGCUGCUGUAUGGACGACUGGCGCAAGCUGCAAAAUCAAACUGCACGAGCGAGCUUUCAGCCUCUCCGGACGAGGUUUUGGACAGGUGCUAUGCUAAAGUGAAGCGAGGGUCUAGUAAGCUGGCAUGUUCUGUUCCACGUUUCUUCGAGCGAUAUGACAGCUCCUAUGCCCCAGGGACCAUGGUCACCCAACUCGGGGUUGCGGUGAACGCGCUGCUUGAUGCACACGGCGCGUUUGGAGUCAAGGGAAAGACUGCCGUCUUACCUGCUCUCAAGUGUUGUGUCGUAGCUCUCGAGACACUGUCUGAACGUCAUCAAUUGGCAGAGGAUUUGGCCAGCCUCGCAACCAAGCAUUUGGCUUCAUUCUGGUGCGUGACAGAUGGCGCGUCCAAGUCGCCAGUGCCAGGCUUAGAGGGAAACAACGUGCCUACAGAGGAGGACCCAGGUGCGCAGCAACCAGCAAACGGUCAAAGAUUGCCUGGCAGCGGCCCACGCGCAGAGGCAGCGCGGCCUGCCAUUAGGAUAGCAAGUACCCAGAAAGGGUCCAGUGUCUCGCGGAAACGGUCUGCGGAGCAUCCUGAAUCUGGCGAAUGGAUAAGGCACGCGGCGGUGAUUGAAGAUCCCAUUUUCCCGGCAUAUUCGCGAGAGAUGUCGGUCCUCUUCAGUAUGUAUCGCGAGGAAAAAAAGCACAAGUCCGUGGGAAGCUCGCUUCAGCUUGACAGUGACUGGCUCACGCACAGCACUCGCGACCGGCAUCGGAGCAUAAGCCAGCAGGACGUUUCAGAGCAGGCUGCAUCACUGACCACUAUGGCAUCCGACUCCACAUCCAGCCUAAGCCCACCCAAUCCGAUCGAGUGCCAGGGUUCUACGCCAGGAAACGAUCCGGCUCUUUCGGGAACAGAGGACAUUGUUGACUACCUUCUGGACAUGGGAGUGCCACACGAUUUUGACAUUGAUGGAUUCUGUUCGGCCCUGAACGGCUACGGCUGUAAUCAAACAAUGGAUUGGGCCCCAGACUGUGAUUUGGAAUCUUGGAUAAAUUUACCAGUGCCAGACAUGCUUGGCCCGGCGUGACUCAGCGAACUGGGUAUGUAAAUCAUUAAUUGAACGAGGGCAAGAUGAAGCAACGGGUGCAGCAUUGCGAGGUUGGCGCAGAAUGGGACUCUCGUCAUAUUUAGAACAGUGUACAAUGAACAUACUUUAUAAUAAUGUCAUUCCUAUACCACCCGCAACAAA